CAUCGCCUCCACCGCAUGGUUCUCUCUGCAGCUCCCGGCCUGCUCCGCCAGAUCCUUGCUCUGCGCUCCGGUGUGGGCGUGGCUCUGCAGGGUCGAAGUGUCCAUUCGAGCGUGGCCGCUGACAGCCCCAGCAGCACCCAGCCCGCUGUGUCCAAGGCUGGAGCCGUGGUCCCCAAACCCACCACGCUUCCCAGCAGCCGGGGCGAGUAUGUGGUGGCCAAGCUGGACGACCUCAUCAACUGGGCCCGCCGGAGUUCCCUGUGGCCCAUGACCUUCGGCCUGGCCUGCUGCGCCGUGGAGAUGAUGCACAUGGCGGCGCCCCGCUACGACAUGGACCGCUUCGGCGUGGUCUUCCGCGCCAGCCCGCGCCAGGCGGACGUCAUGAUCGUGGCCGGCACGCUCACCAACAAGAUGGCCCCGGCCCUGCGCAAGGUCUACGACCAGAUGCCGGAGCCUCGCUACGUCGUGUCCAUGGGCAGCUGUGCCAACGGAGGCGGCUACUACCACUACUCGUACUCCGUCGUGAGGGGCUGUGACCGCAUCGUGCCCGUGGACAUCUACGUCCCAGGUCUCCCCACCCGAAGAGUCUUGGCUUGUAUCCAGAUGUUGGAGCAGGCUGCUGCCGAAGCCUGGCCUGAGCCGGCGGGGGGGGUGCUGCAGGCACCUGCCAGCUUUAAACUACAUUUCAUGUACGAGACCAGAAAAACAGCCAAAAAUAAGGGAACCGUGUGCACGGUUCUCAUUCUCGCCAAGGAGAGCGAGACUCCCCUGGCCCCAGAUUGCCGGGGUGGCCAGACUCAGGAAAUAAAAAUCCAGGGCCCCCCCCCCCCACCUUGAUAUCUGUCGGGAAACGAGUAAUAGUUUUCUUGGCGUCAGUAAGUACGUCUCCUAUGACGCGUGUGGUACACGGACACUGGAGAAGCACUGACUGUUUGUCUCAGGUGCACAGUCACUGGCGUCCUGUGUGUUACCUGGCCACCCGUGGGCCCCAGGCAUCCUCCCCGCCGGUGGUUGGAGGUCAGGGGUCGGUGCAUAGCCUGCGGACGGGCUCAGUGCCGGCACCGAACACCCGGCCCGAGUGUCCGCAGAGCAGGGGUGCUCAAGGCCGCAAUUCCACGUCCCCCGAGAAGCCGAAGUCCCGCCUGGCAUCUCACGAGGCAGAGGAAGGGGUUUUGACGUUGGAGUCGAGUUCACCGUGACAUGGUGUUGAUUCGUUUCGCAUUCUGCGGAUCUCCACGCCGGGCCCCGGGCAGCCCCCAGGCCGGGGGGACGGAGCCGGUCUGGUAGGGAGGGCACGUAGGACCCCCCUGCGGGCCAGGGGCCAGGCCCCGGUCAGUUCCCCUGCUGGGGACAGGGACUAUAGGGGAGCAUUUCUCCAGGGCUGCCCGUCGGUCUGUGGACCAUAUGGGCCUCCCUGCCCGCCCCCGCCCACUCUUUGAAGGGCCCGCCACCAGGUGAGUGUGACCCAGGGUCAGGAGGCAGGCCGCACGUGUCCCGCCAGGGGUCUCUGAGCCGGGUCGUGGCAAUAGCGGGCAGGGCGGCUUGGCCCAGGAGGGGUGGCCCCGGCCUCCCCACUGGCCAGGGCUUGGAGGCCAGGGUCAGGAUCCGGGCACCGCCCAUCUUGCUGGCUCCUGCCCCGUGAUGGGCCAGACCCGCCGCCCAGGCAGUACCGACGAAAGCCGGUACUGGAGCGGGGGCCCCGCCUCACCCUUCGCCUGGACCCGGCUCUGCAGCCCUCGGCGAGGCCCUUUGACUUGCAUCCUGGCUCAGGCACCCUCUGCCGAGCGGCGGUAGAAAACGAGGGUCAGCGGCCCCGGCAGGGAGGAUGGGCACGGGGUCUACAAUGCAGUCGCUGGUCCGGGAUAGCCUAGGGCCAGGGGGCCCCCCUCCCUGCCACAGGGAAACUGAGGCACACCCCCCCACGCAGGCUGCCCGCCCACGGCUGAGGCCCUGCUCUACGGCAUCCUGCAGCUGCAGAAGAAGAUCAAGCGGGAGAAGAGGCUCCGCGUCUGGUA